AUGGCGCUCUUCCACGUCGCGCGGUACGCUGGCCCCGAGGCGGCCGGGGCGGAGGCAGAGGCAGACAGCCGGGCUCGCGCGCUGCUGGAGCGGCUGCAGUGCCUGGCCCGAGAGCGGCAGCUGAAGAAGCAGCCGCCGCAGGAAGCGCCCGAGGAGGCCGCGCAGAGCGCGCCGGCGGCGGGGAAGCGGCGGCGACGGCCUCGCAGAACUCGGAGGCGCGAGGGCGGCAGGGAGCCGGGGAGCCCGCCCGCGCCCCCCAACAAGCGGCAGAAGACCGACGACGAAGAAGAGGAGGAGGGCGCAGAGAGCAGUGAGGAGACACCGGCGGAGAGCAGCGUGGGCGCCGAAGCCGCACGAUCGCUGGAGGGCCGGGGCGGACCGCCCCCCGAAGAGGCCUCUGGGGCCCUAACCCACGCCCUGGUGCUCGGGGGCUUCGGGAGAAGCAAGGUGCCAAAGGUCCAGCCUUUCCUGCCAGUGUGGUUGGCUCAGCCAAGCUGCGUUGGAAAGAAUGUAACUGAAGGCUUGGUGCCUAUUGAAGACAUCCCUGAAGUCCACCCAGACCUGCAGAAGAAGCUGCGGGCACAGGGCAUCUCAUCCUACUUUCCAGUGCAGGCUGCAGUGAUUCCUGCUCUCCUAGAGAGCACAGCCAAUGGGUUUCUGGUCAGCAGAGGCGGCUACCGGCCUAGCGACCUCUGUGUUUCUGCCCCAACGGGCAGUGGGAAGACCCUGGCCUUCGUCAUCCCUGUGGUGCAGGCCCUGCUACAUCGAGCUGUGUGCCAGGUUCGUGCCCUGGUUGUGCUGCCAACCAAGGAGCUGGCCCAGCAGGUGAGCAAAGUGUUCAACGUCUACACGGAUGCCACUCCUCUUCGGGUGGCCCUAAUCACUGGGCAGAAGUCGCUGGCUAAGGAGCAGGAGAGCCUCGUGCAGAAGACAGCAGAUGGCUUCCGCUGCCUGGCUGACAUCGUGGUGGCCACCCCUGGCCGCCUGGUGGACCACGUCGACCAGACCCCAGGAUUCAGCCUCCAGCACCUCCGCUUCCUGAUCAUUGAUGAGGCCGACCGCAUGAUCGACAGCAUGCACCAGUCCUGGCUGCCGCGGGUGGUGGCUGCCGCCUUUCCCAGCGAGGGCCCAAAGGGUCCCUGUGCUGUGCUCCAGAGAACACAGCCCCGGGUGGUGACUGCUGCCAGCAUGUGCUGUCCCCAGAUGCCCCUGCAGAAGCUGCUCUUCUCAGCUACCCUGACCCAGAACCCCGAAAAGCUGCAGCAGCUUGGCCUUUACCAGCCCCGGCUCUUCUCAACGGGGUCAGCGCACAAGGGCCCCAGAGACUGCGACAUUGACAUGGACGGCGACUCGGGUGGGAAGUACACCUUCCCCACAGGGCUUACGCAUCACUACGUGCCCUGCAGUCUCCGCUUCAAGCCAUUGGUGGUCUUGCAUCUGAUCUUGGAAAUGAACUUCUCACGGGUCCUCUGCUUCACCAACUCCCGCGAGAACUCACACAGGCUGUUCCUGCUGGUCCAGGCUUUCGGGGGUGUGACCGUGGCUGAGUUCUCCUCCCGCUACGGGCCUGGCCAGAGGAAGAGCAUCUUGAAGCAGUUUGAGCAGGGGAAGAUCCAGCUGAAAUGUGCCUCUGGACUUCAUGGGAGUGUCCCCUGCGGGAGGUGUUCCCCGCUCCUGGCCUCGGACAGGACCCACAGCCCCUUGUAUCCCACCAGUCUCAUCAGCACUGACGCCACGGCCCGCGGCAUUGACGUGCAGGGCGUGCAGCUGGUGGUCAACUACGAUGCCCCCCAGUACCUGCGGACCUACGUGCACAGGGUUGGAAGAACUGCCCGGGCAGGAAAAUCUGGACAGGCCUUCACGCUGCUCCUUAAAGUGCAGGAGAGGAGGUUCCUCCGCAUGCUUGAGGAAGGUGGGGUGCCCGGGCUGGAGCGGCGUGACACCCCCAGCGAGCUCCUGCAGCCGCUGGUCCCACGGUACGAGGAGGCCUUGUCCCUGCUGGAGAAGGCCAUCAAGGAGGAGCGGAAGCAGAAGGCAGCCUAGGCCAGGACUGGGGACACACCAGCAAGGGCGCCCUCCUUCCUGGAAAGAUCCUGAGCAGUGGCUGCCAGAUGCCUGAGCAGGAGACAGGGAUUCCUCAGUUCCAAGAGUCUCGGUCCCCAAGUACUCUGCUGCCUCAGGCCAGGCCCCGGCACACACACGAGGCUUGGCCCAGGCCCAAGACUGGCAGAGGGGCACAAGGUCACGUAAGUUCCCGUCAGGUGUCUUCCUGGAAAUAAGGCUCCAGUGAAGCUGUUCACACUCGCCCAGAACUGACGGGGUGGUGUCUGCCAUGCGUUAGGCUGUAAGUUGGGGGCCAGCCUUGAAGUGCCUUCAGGAAUGCAGUUCUUCUAAGGACCUGAGCCACCACCCCGAGUGGGAGAGGUGGCCCUGGGUCCCUCACUCUUGGGGUGAAGCACUGGCCACUUGGUAGCCGUUGCUGAGAGGCAUUGCAGAGACCAGAGGACGCGCUGUGUGGUCAUCAGUGCUUUACUUCAUGACUAUUCGUGUGAGAUGAACAUCUAGAAAAUGGCUUCGGAGCACCAACCACUGGCUGUGAGCAAGCCUCAUUUCUAAGGCUCAUAUGCUGACAUUCAAGUGUUAAACUGGGGACGAACUGUGGCUUCUCAUCUCUGCCUGGACACGCGUCAGUUGUUUUGGCAGAGCAACAACCCAACCCACGAGUCCUGGCGCCCCGGGUGCGCGGUCACCGCAUCAGGGAGGCGGUGGCGGCUACCUGCAGCUGCACUGCUUCUGCAAAGUCCCUGGGAGCACGGGGGCCUGCUCUCUGGCUGUGGUGAGCCUGUGUGUUGGAGGGACACGAUCACAGGUGGCUUGGCUCACACCUUCCUGAGGAGCUGGAACCAGUCUGCACAAGUGGGGGUGGCGGGGGGCGGAGGCACGGUUGUAGCCAGUGGUGAAGCAGAAGCCUCUGAGUCACUCACUUGUCAGGAAACAUCAGGUUGGAUGUGUCCAGUUUAUUGAAAAACAGUGCCCAAAAUUACCUGAGUCUUGUUUCUGAUAAAUAAACAGCCCCUGCUGACUA